AUGGUAGAUAACGAAGCGAAAGGAACCGCAAGUUUGGGCAAGAAGUCUUCGAAUAGAAACUCGCCUAAUUCAACUGCUAGAAAGGCUUCGAGCAAUAUUUCGGAUCAGCCAGAUCAUUUAACUGAAGCAUCACUCAUUUCGCAACCUUUGAAAAUGCUGCCGGUUAUUAAUUCUGAUGAUCACAGCAGCUUGGAACAAAUAAAAACUGAUGAAAAGAAAAACAUUGCACAGAAAUCGUCUGCUACGAAAAGAGUUCCUUCGCAACGUGGAACGAAAUCCCGAUCACGUGGUCGUACUCCGCCUCGUACGGUUAAAAAAGCGAAAACUAAAAGUGUCAUUGAAACGAAAUCGGAUGACAAUUUGUUUAAAGAAAUUAAACAUCGUGCAGUGCACCAUAUGACAGAUGGAGAUCUCAUUUCAGAAAAAAAUUCCAAUGCUGAAAGCGAUUUUUCUAGCAUUGAUUUUGGAGUAUUAUCAACUGAAACUCUAAAAAAGUAUCGUGGGGAAAAACUCUUCUUUUUGAAUCGCGAAGAACUUAGAAAACAAUUUUCUUGCUUUCUUAUUUUUCCUCCAGCUUUUAAUGGCUGUUUGCUAUAUGGUCAUUCUUUACAAGUUGCUGGUAUAUUUCGGUGGCGAUGUCAUGAUGAGCAUCGCAUGGAAUAG